AAACUUCCCCAGACCCCAUCCAUAAGCCCACUUCCUCCCACUACCCACGCUCGAGCAUAUUAUACUGCUAAAUUUGCAUUCCUACCUUCCCAAUUGUUCCAUGUUGCCGCAACAACACCUGCCCUUUCGUCUUUAUCUCUUACCUUCCGUAUAUUAUCCUCCCUUAGCGAAGGAAGCCGCGAUGCCGCGCACCUCCUCGAGACUGGCCGCCCUUCCCCGGGGGCAGGCUGGCAUCCAGACCUUUGCAAGAGCGAUCAAGCCCGGCGUCACGACCCGCCAGUCGGUCGCGGACCUCAAAAAGCAACAACAGCAGCUGGUGCCCCCGCCAUCAUCCACGGCAAUCACGACCUCCUCUUCCCCCUCCUCCCCCUCGUGCCUUCCAGUCUCCCCGUCCAAGAAAAGGAAACUGCACGAACUCCAGAACGUCUCCUGCGGCGCCGGACAAGCCGAGACCAAAGACGGCGGCAAGCUCGACCCUGCUGAUGCCGCAAACGUACCCGAGGCAGCUACCCCCUCCCGGACGCUCCGACUCGGCGAACUCGCCCUCUCGACCCCACGAAGCGGGCACUAUGCGCGCCCCUCCGCACAGGAAGGAGAGGACGACAUCCCGACCUCGCCGUCGAAGCGGGCGGCCACGCACAAGCGGAACCCGGUAUCGCUCCCGCGGAAGGCGAGUGUUGCCGUCGUAGAGGCACAGAUCGUUGAACGCCCCGCGUGCGUUGACGACCUGGUGGCCUUGCACUCGGCCUUCCUGAAGGCGGUCUCCAUCCAUAUGAUGCACAACGGGGUGAAUCGUCCCGCGGACCUGCGGGAACUGCUGCCCAGCAUUCAGCGGAUCUGGAAGAAGCGUAAGGUCGUUGUCAAGGAUCUGCAGAGGUUGAUCUGGGUGAUGGAGCAGGAUCAGUCGUCUUCGUCGUCGUUUCGGAUUGCCAAUUAUGGGCUCGGAAGGGUGUGUUUGGAGAAACUGGCUGGUGCUGCUGCUAAUAGCGUGACUAUAUCAUCGUCAUCGCGGAGUGAGGACGGCAAUGGUGACUUGCAGGAGCGGUUUGAGCAGACGGUCGAUCUGCUCUGGGAGAAGGCGCUGGAUGCUGCGGACGGGGAUGCGGAGAAGGUGGACUUCCUUGGUACGCUGGGCGUAUCGUCAAUUCAUGAGUCGUUGGUCCCCUUCACAACGUUCCGGAAGGGUCAGCAGCGGUUGCAGGAUUUGAAGGGUGGGGUGAUCAAGUUGAAGACGGAGAAGCUGCGCGCCGAUGGGCAGGAGGACCCUGUGCCAGCCAACAAUAAGUCGUUGGAUGCGGCAAGUACGCGGAAGAAGGGCCUGCUGGAUCGCAUCAAGGACAAGCAACUGCGACAGGCGAAGUUGCCGCCGCCGCCGACGAAGGAUAUGCUUCUCCAGCGGGCUGCGGCGGAGCGCAUCGAGGAGGUUGCAGGUGUCUUGGCUCUGCUGAGGCCCAGAGGAUACACGGGGAAUGGUGCGAGGGCUGUGAUGACGGCGCAGCGGACGCCGUUCCGAAUGGAGACGAUUGUACAGAACGUGAAGGAUUCGCUGCGCAAUCCCGUGGCGGAUCGAGAGAUUGAGAUUUGCCUGGAGAUCCUGGCUCGGGAGGAUGUUGCGGGCCAAUGGGUCAAUCUCGUCACCGUCAAUCAGCUCAGGUCCGUGGUGCUCAAGUCCUGUGCUGAUGUGCAGCCAAAGGAGAUUGCGGCUCGAGUUCUACAGCUGAAGAUAGGAUGGGAGUAAUUUGAUGGUCCUCCCAGGGAUAAGUGGAGCGUUGAUUUGGUUUAAACCCCUCGUUCGUUUUGGAUGUUGUGAUACCUCAUCCGGAAUGCCUGGUAUGCAGUUCCGGCGUUAUGAUUACAUUGUUCGAGCAUCGCCUGUGUCAUGUAUGUUAGCGGCAU